UAGUCCACAAUGCUAAGGGAAGCUCCUGAGGCUUGCGGGACGAACCAGAUCUGGGAGAGCUGAGUAUUUCCGAUUCAGCGCCAUGUUUGAACCGGAUUCCUUCGAAUUGCCGCCUGACACAAAGUGAGCUUCACCGGAUCAUGCAAUUAUCGGCGUUGUUCGUAAAUGGUUAUUCAAUGUUCCUUGUUGUCUUUGUUAGAUGCAGGGGUAGCUCCAAAUUGGAGUGGCUUGUGCUGCUAAAGGCGCCGACGCGUGCCGACGGGUCCAUUCAGACGCGUCUCAUGUCAUUAAUUAUUGCAUUGCAGAUUACGGCGGCUCAUAAGCAUAUCUACAUAGUUAAGAGCAAAGACUCCAAAUUGGAAGAUCGGGCCGGCCAUCCCUUCGACGACCAAUCUCAAUCGUGUCUCCCAUUUAUCUUUCUCCGCUUAUGUCAUAUCUGCUCAUUGGUGUCACUUCUUUGCUGAUGAGAACCUCUAAACUGAAGGCUUCUUGUCAAAGUUACAUAUGAGUCAUCACGGACAGUUCCCUUUCUAAAUCUUUAUAAAACUGUGCCCAGAAGAGACCGCAGGUUAAGGUGUGAGCAAUUAUUUGUGCUCAAAGGACGUCACAACGCAUCCAAUGCAACGACAAAAU